GAUCGCGAAUUGAAACCGUCGAGUAACGUAAAGUGCAAAGUAAUGUUGUGUGAAUAAAAUCAUUGUAAUAAUCGUAAUCCGAAAGAACCCGCGUUUUAUUUGGUACGAGCUGUAUUGGGAAAUAAAACAACGUCUACACGGGAUUAAGUAAAAUCCAAGAACGUAACAAUAUCAAGCCUUUCAAAUUAUAUAAAAAAUUUAUCCUUUAUCAUGAGUUAUCUAGAAAAACUCCACCAUGCUGCUCUGUCGCCUAUGUUUGAAAGGGAGUAACGAUUGUGAGAGGCUGUAUAGCGAGAGCGGAAAGGUUACUUCAGUAUAUGAAAUAAUCUACCAUUAUUUUCAUCCCAAUAUCUUAAAUAUGGAAGCGGCAAAGCAUUUAAAGGUAAUAUGUUCCAAAUGUUGGAGACACAUUCAGAACUUCCAGGAUUUCGAAUUAUCCAUAAUGGAUGCCCAAACAAAGUUAGGCGAAAUGUUUGAUCUCAAAACGCCAUCUGAGGAAAAUGUGAAAAAAGAACCACUCAAUGUUGGCAAAACAUUAGAAGAUGACACUAAAAUAAAAGACAUAACAACGGAAGAAGAUGCAUCACUGGGGCAUUUUAAAGAAAUUGAAAAGGGCGAAGAAUUGGCAUUUAUUUCGACAAAAAUUAAAGAAGAACCACAUGAAGAUGAAGAACUGGGAACAAAUGAAGCCGCAAAUAAACAGGAAAUCAACAUGGUUUCCAAAGUGGAAGAUUUGGGGAAACAUUGUAACUCCCCAAAAUCUCUAAAGGAAACUUUGGAAACAAAUGAAGACAUAAACGAAGAUGGCGAUUUUCUAACACUAAAAUCUGAACCCGAAUCCCCAAUGUCAAUAGAAAUAACGAACGUUUACACCCUGGUCAUGGAUUCCAACAAUGAUAGCCCAACAUUUAUGGUUCGAUCUCCAAGUCCACAGUGUGAUUUGAGUCACGAUCAAGUUCAAUCAAGUUCAGAGCCUGAUGUAAGGCAAGUAAAUUCGAGUUUUCUGAUGAACCUUUUGACAUCUACUGACAACGCGUCAAAUCCAAUUAAUCCAAUAAAUAACAAUGCCUCUACCUCCCAUACAUCUGGCAGUCUAGUUUCAAAUUUACAAAACUUGGAAAAUAGCCAAAUGGAUAUACAUCCUGAAUUUGUGCCCAUAAGACAACGUUUUGAGGAGAUUACCCAAAUGGCGGAUCAUCUGAAGGUCCAGGGAGUACGUUUCUUAGAAAGUCUUCUAAAUAUCGAAGAUGAAAUUGUGGAACCAAUUCCGAGAAUUUCAUAUGAGAACGUUACCAGUCAGAUUGUGGUUCCCAUUGACUCUGAAGCCUCAAGUGUCAUCGAUUAUGAUAUCGAUGAUGACUUGGAAUCCUGUGAACUCACGUGCAUGGCUUCGGAGAGUUGCCAUGAAGACAGUGCGAUGAAUAGCUUUGAGGCUAAACCCACACAAAUUGAAAAUCGUCCCAUAAUCUCUGUGGUUCCAAUACAAGUAUUAACCUCGUUAGAUUAUAGCAAAACUUUAGAUUCUAAUGAAAUACAUCCACAACUGGAAGAAGUAGCUUCCCCCGUACCCAAUAGCAGCAAAAGAAGAAAUGAGGAAUUUCUUUAUAGUGAGAAUAGUAAAAGUUCCUUUAUAUACGAGCCUAAGAGUGCCGUUAAUGGAGUUAAACAAAAAUCUAUUUCUACAUGUUCGGAAAGUAUGGAAAAUUCCCAUUUAAAAAGAACAAAGGGGGCUAACAACAAACGACCAAGGAAAGGUACUCUAACCGAGAAAUUGAGAAAAAUGUUGGCAAAGUAAUAAGGAUUUUCUGGGGUUGAAGAUGCUUUGAAGGGGCUUUAGAGAUCUUUUAUAGAUCGAAGACAUUAUAAAGCUCUUCUAGAGAUCGUAGACAUUCUAAAUGUCAAGGAUUACCUCCUAAAGAAAAUUAUUCAAAAUUGUUUGUCUUGUGAAGAUGUUAAAAUGUUUUCUCUCUAUAAAAAGCCUUCCCUAGAUGGAUAAAGGGUCUUAUAUUUAUGAGAGAUCUCUGGAAAGCUUUGCCACUUUCUUCAGGAAACCUUGCCUCUGUAAAAGGUCUUCUGUUGAUGAAAGACCCGUAUCUUUUUCAAGCC